CAGAGGUACAAACCAGGCCAUAUUUUAAUCUUUUUACCUACCCUCAAAUUUUUAUUUUGUAAACUUCUUAAAAAUUGUACAGAUCUAAGACAUCAACGUUCACAUUACAUUAAAAUAUUUUUAAUUUGCCAAAAAAUACUAAGCACAAUGCUCAAAUACCAUAAAAAUUUCAUUUUAUACGGCGAACUUGAAUAUUUUUGUAUAGUGUGUCGAGAAGAAUUUUUAAAUAUAGAAGAUGUCGAAAAACACAUCCGAUGGGAAAAACACAGAAAAAUAAUGAAAAGACAAACUCUUUUUCCGAAACUUAAACAAGAUUCGAUUUAUAAGAUUGGAAACAAUUUCUAUUGCGAACUAUGCAAUUAUUUAACGUCAGAUAUGGAAAAUAUUAUGGCUCACCUGAACGAGGAAAAACAUAAAACAAAUAGAAAAUCUAAAACCCCCGUUAUUCCCAAACUUGUAGAAUGCAAACGAGAUGUGGAUACUGGAUUUAUAAUAGUCCAUAAUGUAAUAGUAAGCAUUCGUCAAUGGAACACUUUUGUGAAUCUGACACACUGCAUGCUGUGCGAUACUGUUGUUGAUUUAAAUCGCACAGACGAACACAUAGUUUUGCAUGAUCAUCUCAUAAAAUUAAUACAAGCGCGCGUAAUAUUGGAAAAUGAAGGUAGAUGCUAUAGGAAGAUAAAUAAAGAUAUCAAUUAUUGUUUUAUUUGUAAAACGAUAGUAGGUACAUCUGAUCUUAAUGAUCACUGGAACUCCGUGGAACAUUGUGCAAACAAGACCUCCAGCAUCGCAACAACGUCUAAAACGACUGAAACCAAAACAAGCAAAGAAAUAUACCGUGCUAAUGAAACAACCAAAAAGUUGCUGCAAUUGCAAAGAACAGUAUAUGACAUAAAUUUGGAGAACAAGACGGCAACCUGCAAGUUUUGUAAUAAAAUUAUUCCUUUUCUAGGCAGAGAAAUGUUGAAUCAUCAAAAAGAACAUGCAGAAGAGUUACGUGAUAUAGACGAUUCGAAAGAAAUGUUGGAAAUCAUUGCAGGCAAUGUUCAUUCUAGUGAUUCUGAAGCAUCGGAGGUAGGAUUUAGCGAAACAAUCGACCAUGGCAAACGUAGGCAUAAAAUGUCUUUGUAUGGUAAACAACAUUAUAUUACACUAACACCAGUUGGUGCCAAAGGUUAUUGUCACUUGUGCCACGUUUAUAUGUCUAGUCACAUAAAAGUAUUUAGGGAACACACACGAGGACAUAUACAUAAGGGUCAUUUGGAGUUUAAAGGUCUUAAAAAAGGUAAGAAGCACGAAAAACCAGAUUGCAACACAAAAUCAUUGCAAAGUUAUUUAAAAAACAUAUUUUAUUCGCACGCUAUGAGAUCAUUCUGGAUAAACGAGGAGUUAAGUGUGAAGACAUAUAGUUUUAUUCUCAUUGCACCCAUAAGAUAUUAUAAGAAAACUAAAUGCUACGCAUGUGAUGUAGAAUAUAAACAGGGAGAGGCCAUAGAGCAUUACAAAACUAUCAGACACAAGACUAACUUAUUGGAUACCGAAGUAGUCACAUAUUUGAGAGGCGAAUUUAUAAGAGAGAUUCGUAACGAUUUGUAUCAUUGUGGAUUUUGCAAUCGACUAUUUGCUUAUUGGGAUAACAUGAAACGCCACAUGCGCAGUUGGCGACAUAAAGAAAUGAAAAAAGACAGGAUUAUGGCUUCAAACCUGGCUCGAAAGUGGAAAAAAGAUAAUCUGCUAACUGUUAUCAGCACUAAUCCCGAUAUAAUGUAUGUGCAAUUGUUAGAUCUUGACUUUUAUUUAUGAUUUUUUAUUAAUUAUUUUUGAAGACACCUUUCAUUCUUUUAAUGUUGGCAGAUAGAUUUUUCAUUAUGUUUUAUUUAAUGUAAGAGGGCUAUUUUUUUGGGAAAAAACAUAUUCUAUUUUAGGCUGUUAUCUUUAUGACUGUAUAUAGAUAGAAUAUAUAAAUUAUGGUAUAAAUAUAUAUUUGUCUACAUAACUUUAGAUAUGUUACAUUAUUAGGAAUAAAUUAAUUAGUUUACAUCAUUUGCUAUGAAUUUAAAAUUAACCUUAAAAUAAAAGGAAACCUUUAAAUGUCUAAAAAAAAAGCAUCAAAAGAAAAACAGAAUUGAAAGUGUCAUGUAACCAUUUUUAAAGUAAGUUUUAAUUUUAUAAAGAAGAUUUGCAUGUUUUAUA